GGGGCAUCUAGAGACGCUUGGUGAUUUCACUCCUUCACAAUCCAGGCCACAGGGGAGAUGACUGGCACAGCAACUGUCAUGUCCGUUUGGGUGCUUUUGUCAGUCGGCUGUGAUGCACUGACUUGUUAUGUCGAUGAUCUUUCACCUAGAGCUGUGGGAGACAGCCUUUGGUUCUGUGUUUUUCUCUCGACACGUCCAGCAAGAAAGAUGGUCUUCCAGAUCAAGGUAGAAGAAGCUGCUGAGCUUGAUUUGCAGGGGUCCAGAGAUUUUGCGUUGGAGAAUCUCUCUCAACCGCUUUACACGUGGGUCGCCACCUCACACACCGGCUCCUCUGAAGCCUUGGACUGCAGAAACGCCACAGACAUGGAGCUGAGAGGUCAUGACGUCAGUUGUCCUCAAAUCUAUGCCCAUGCAACAGCGGUAACUCAGCUCAGCAAUUUGGUGGUGAACCUUCGCGAGGGUCGGGUGUCCUCAUUCGCCUGGGACAACAGCUGCAGCGGCUGUUCACCCAGCAAAUGUUUGAAGAGCAGCCAGAGUUUGUCUGAGGAGAACUUCACCGAGGGCUCUCAAUUCUUUAGCAAAGGUACCUGUGGAGAGAGCGCUGACUUUUGCAUAGGCACACCGGCUGCAUGCAAUCUCAAGGUCUUCGUGACAUGGGCAGGGACCGACAAGCAUGGGAGGAACCUCGUGUCAGCGGGUUCUCGAUUGUCCAAGCUCGCAGGCCCAACCCUGUCAUCCUUCUACAACACGCUGAAGGAUGGUUACAGCCAAGCCUCGAAGGCACUUGGACAGUGAGUCGGACGCCCGCGACCAUCGACUUGGGACUUGUACAGUGCCUGUGUGGUAGAAAGUCUCAGAUGGCGAAGAAA